CCGACAGUGGUGAGUAGCAGUGCUCAAAUAAUCGUUCGACAAUCACAAAGACAGCGUACAUUUUACGAGAGAUUCGACUUGGAAAAUGUUCGACGUGAAAAUUUUCGCGAUUCUCAUUGCAAUUUUUUGCUUGAACAGUCGAUUUGUUUUAAGCGACGAUGAAGCUGAUUAUUGUUACGCCGAUGACGAGCAUCCCUAUCUGCAGGCUGGUACGAAAACGGGCUAUCACUUUUCACACGGUCUCGUCAAAAAUACCACUGUGUCAAAUUGCGAGCCAGUGCAAAUCUGGAUGCUGAUUAGGCAUGGAACUCGUUACCCCGGGAAAGAUGAGAUCAAAAAAAUGCAAAAAAAGUUGCCCAAACUUCAACGUAAAAUCAUCGCCAAUCAUAAGAAAGAUAAACACGGUGAAUUAUGCCUGAAGGACUUGCAAAAACUACAGACAUGGGAGAUAGAGUCAGGUCUGGACAAAAGUAAGCACAAGUUCUUAGCGAAACAAGGUGAAAAUGAAUUGCUAUCACUUGGUGCACGAUUCAAACAUUACUUCCCCCAACUUUUGCAAUCCGAACCAGACGAUACCUUGGAAAACAGAUACAAAUUCAGAGCAACGAACACGCAACGAACAAUAGCCAGCAUGAAUCAUUUCAUCAAUGGCGCCUUUGGUAAUGCGACCAUUGAUAACACGGAAGUAGUGCCAACUUCUGAAGACACGUUAUUGAAGGUUUAUAAGACUUGCAAACCAUGGUUGGAAGAUAUGAAGAAUUCAUCGACAGCCGUCGAAGUCAACAAUUUCAUAAAUGGCACAGAGUUCAAUCAAGUAAUUGGUAACGUCAGUCGGCGACUCGGUUUUGCAGACAAUCUCUCGUUAGACGACGUUCUGAUCAUAUACACCGCGUGUACUUUUGAAAAUGCUUGGUACAUCGAUAAACGUUCUCCUUGGUGCGCUGCUUUUACAAAGGACGAGAUGAGAAUAUUCGAAUACGAGAGCGAUCUUCAUUAUUACUAUCGGUCCAGUUACGGUGAAAAGAUGAGCUCUGCGGUGGGAUGUCCACCGUUGCAGGAUAUGUUUAAUCAUUUCACGAAGUUAGAAAAUGGAGAAUCGAAGGAAGAACCGCAAGGUAUUUUUUACUUCGCACAUAGUGCCACGGUUCAAUUGCUUUUAACAUCGAUGGGAAUUGCGAAAGACUCGACACCUCCGACAGCUUCGAAUUUCGAAGAUAUGGAAAACAGAAAGUGGAAUACUUCUCGUCUUGUACCAUUCGCUGCAAAUCUUGCGGCAGUUUUUUACAAAUGUGAUUCCUCUAAUAAGGUGAGAUUUUACUUAAACGAGAAACCUGUGGAUUACGAAGGCUGUGAAAUGGGCGUAUGCGAUUGGGAAUAUCUGAAGGAGAAAAUGGGACCUAACGCGUUCAACUGUAACGUUGAUUUUUGCAAGAAAUCGGGGACAUUUAAAAUGAACGCAUCCGUGUUAUUCCUGCUUUUCUUAAUAAGUCACGUUUACACACGUGACGUCGACUACUGUUUCGUGGACGAAGACGACCCGUAUCUCUACAUGGCCACUAAAACCGCCUAUCAUUUUGUUCAUGCUGGAAAAACACGGUUUCAAGAUGUACCUAAUUGCAAGGCGAAACAAGUUUGGAUGCUUGCUACACAUGGGACACAAUGCGCAUCAGAAGCAGAAAUAAUCCAGAUGCUUACGUUAACGGAACUUCAGAGUCACAUAAUUAACAAUCAUGAAACACGGAACAACGGUCACAUGUGCAACAGAGAUUUGGAAAAUUUAAAACGAUGGACACCGAGCUCGUACCUGAGAAUCGAAAGAGCGGAAGUUUUGACACCGCAAGGUGUGGAAGAUAUGAGAUUGCUCGGUAGACGAUUGCAUAGCAAUUUUCCGGAGCUUCUCAGCUCGAGAGUUGUGAACUUAACGGAGGAUAAAUACGUGAUGAAAACAACACAUAUUCGUAAUAGUUUGUUCGCGUUCAUGGAGGGAUUGUUUGAAGACAGAAAUGCGGUACAGGUAGAGGAAGUUCCUGAAAACGACACUUUGCUCACGACGUACAAAUCUUGCAACGUAUGGGACAACGAGCAUACAAAUGCCUCCAUUCAGGAGGUGAUAAGUUUCGAGGAAGGACCAGAAUUUCAGAAUCUCGUGCAAAAUGUCAGUCGAAGACUUGGAUUUUUGUACGAUGUUCCGAAAGAGUUAAUUCUAACGAUAUACGAUAUAUGCCGUUACGAAAAGGCUUGGACAGUGACGAAACUUUCUCCUUGGUGUGCUGUUUUCAGCAAAGAAGAACUUCGUGUGCUAGAAUAUCGCGAAGAUCUCUACUAUUAUUACAAAGCCGGAUAUGGACGUGAAAUCAAUGCGCAGCUAGGAUGUACACUUUUGCAAGACAUGAUGAAUCACUUUUGGAAAAUGGAACAGGACACAGACUCGAACGAACCGAAAGGUAUAUUUUACUUUAGCGACAUUGUAAGCUUGCAAAAUCUCCUGACCACACUGAAUAUUAACAAGGACCAAAUGCAGCUGACGGCUUUUAAUUACAAGCAUAUGGCGAAACGUCAGUGGCGAACUUCUUUUAUAUCGCCAAUCGCCGCGAACCUUAUCGCUACAUUUUACAAAUGCGACAGUAUCAAUCAACCAAACAAAGUAAUGUUUUACUUGGCUGAGAAGCUAGUCCUGCUAGACGGAUGUGACGUGGGCCUUUGCGAUUGGGAAUACAUCAAGCAAAAGUUCAAUCCAGUCUUGAAGCAUUGCAGCUUGAACGUUUGUUGGAACGGAAAUGGAGCCGCGGCUUAUAUUCCCAAUUUCGUCCUAGUUCUUCUUCUAUGCUUCUCUCUAGUCUUCGUAAGAAAAUAAGGAGAACAGCCGGAUUGACGUUCGUUAUUCACGAACGACGCACAAUAUAUCUCGGCGUUUAAACAACACACGAGAUAAUAAUUAUCAUAAUUGCUAAAUAAGAUAAUUCCAAACAUUGAACGUUGCUGCUCGCGAACUAUUCCGCUGUGCUUUCAAGAUCGCCAAAUUUCUGUAUAUUUAAUAAGUUUAUUUCAAUGUUACUGCUGUAUACGUAAUUUAUACACAUUUAUUGUUUAUCGUCAUCCUCAUUUCUCUACGCGUCACAAAUAUAUACUCGAAUAAGUCGAAUAUUACUUUUUUUUUGUUUUUCUUUUUUCAACGAUGUCCGUCCUACUCGCGAUGACCGCGCAACAAUAUACAUAUAUAAUGCACAAUUAUUGUCACAUUGUUGCUUGAAAUUCUCUUUAAGACUUCGAAAAUUUCACGAACACAAGC